GGGGGGGGGGGGNGGAGGAGGGGAAGGAGUUUUAGACAUACCUGGGAGGAUUCAGUAGUGUGAAUUUGGGGUGAGAAACUUUUUGGUUGUGGAAUGAUAGGAAAGAGUUAUUUGUUGGGAUGACGAGCGAAUGAGGCGAAGAAAUAAGCAUUUGGUUCCGAAAAGAUCGCAGGUUCAAUGUAUAGUGGGGCCCGCUUCCUCGCAACUAGUACACUGCGCUGAGCUGGACCCCAUACUAAAUGUCAACCUCUCUUGCGGCAGCUCUCGGAGGUGCUGCAGGAGGUGUGGCAUUGGUCGGGAUAGCGGCAAUCCUCAUAUGGUAUUGCUUAUUCCGUCGAAGGAAUUCUUCGAGGACUUCAGAAUCCAACUCAUCCGAGCCAUCUCUACAAGUUGAAGGUGGUAGUGAAUUGGCUUUAAGAGGAGGUGUCUCUUACCCUUUGGAGUUGCAAGGAGCGCGAUGUCUUACCCUCCAGGAACUAAAUGCGGCUACAAAGAAUUUCAGCAGUAUCAAUCUGAUUGGAUUUGGAAUGUUUGGAGAAGUUUACAAGGGUUUGCUUCAGGAUGGUAUGAUUGUGGCUAUUAAAAGACGGUCAUCUAUUCCUAGCCAGCAAUUUAUUCAAGAGGUACAUCACUUAUCGUCCAUCCGUCAUCGCAACCUUGUGAGCCUUUUGGGAUACUGCCAGGAAAAUGACCUCCAGAUGCUUGUUUACGAGUAUAUACCAAAUGGCAGUGUUUCCGCCCAUUUAUAUGGAGCUAGUCAAGUUUCAAGUGGAAAGUUGGAGUUCAAACACAGGCUCUCUAUUGCCCACGGGACAGCUAAAGGUGAUCAUUUGCAAAAACACCGACCAUCAAUGGUUAUACUGAAGUUUCAAAUUGGAGUUUCUCCUUUUGCGGCUCGUUUUGCUUCUUUGUUACAGCAAAAAGCUCCAAACAUUUUGUUAAAAAGUCUGAGCCACCUGCAUUCAUUGAAUCCUCCUAUGGUUCAUAUGAACUUCAAAACAGCAAACGUCCUUGUUGAUGAGGACUUCAUACCGAAAGUUGCAGAUGCCGGAUUAAGAAGCUUGCUUGAUCGAGUCGAUGGGGCCGGCCCAUCUUCCAGAACGGCAACAGACGAUCCCUUCCUGGAUCCUGAGGCGAAGGAUUCUGGAAUCUUUUCAAAAGAAAGUGAUGUAUAUAGUUUCGGGGUAUUUCUUCUGGAGUUAGUAAGUGGACGGGAAGUUAGGUUAGAUCGGAGCAUCAUCGAGUGGGCACAAAACUAUCAAGAGUCGAGCACUUUCUCAGCCUUCGUGGAUCAAAGGAUGGGAAGUAGCUUCACGUCCGAAGGCAUGCGAGAGUUCUUGCGGCUAAUCACCUGGUGCGUGAACCCAUUAAGUGAAAGACGCCCACCCAUGAACUACGUUGAAAUGGAGAUCGAUCGGAUUCGUGAAAAGGAGAUGAGCUUGACGACCAUAAUGGGCGAAGGCACCACGACUGUGACUCUCGGAAGCCAACUUUUUACCACAUCGAAGUGAAUUGAGAGGCAAAAUUUUCAUUUUGUUUUUUCGUUUUCUUGGGGGGGUUCUGAACUGUAUAUGCGAUUUUUUUUUUUCCUUUUUUAUGGUGGCGUUUUUGGUUAAAUAUCAGCUGCAGCUUAAGUGUAUAAAAGAGAUCAGCUGUACUAUUCUUUUCUUUCUUUUUCCUUAUCUGUUAGCAUAAAUGAUUGUAGAGUCAUGUUGUAAAGAGAAUAUUUUUGUUGUACUUUAUCUCAUUUAUAUGACUGGGGCUUGGUGUGAAUUAACUUUUGAAUAAUAA